AUGGAUCACAUUCUCCGUUCAAAACACAGCAACCCCCCGCUAGAGUUUCCAUAUUACGAUCCAGCAGCUUGGGAGCACGACGUGAAGCAUUUGGACGUCUGGCGCCGUUAUGACCUUGAUGAGUUCCUCAAAGGCGGGCCAUUCAAUGAAUUUGCCGCAUUCCUUCAGUCAUGGCUGUACUUUGGUGUGCUGGCGGUUUGCCUGGGGCGGAAUGAUCUGUCGGGAUUCAUCAAGGUCAACUCUGCAGGGGAGAAAGUGUUAAACACAACCCUGCUCAUUCCAUUUGUACAAGAAUGGUAUGACGGGAAGUUCCAGCGCCACAUGGAGAUCCCCGAUUCGCGCGCUGGUUUCGCCCUGGAGUUUCGUGAGCUCACCGGUGUUCUCGACUCGGUGGCCAAGCACACCGACAGACUCACCAGGUUCGGCAAGAAGGACGCAGGACCCCUGGGAGCUGCUUUGUUCCGCAUCUGCGUCUCGAUCAACCUGGUGCAGUCCGUCUUGCGCUCGGCAGUGUUUGAGCUGGGGAGGUUGGUGGUCGGCACUUUCAACUAUACCCCCAUGCCAGAUCCUCUGGGAACUGGUUACUUUUCGGUUUACCCAGCCGGCAGCGAGCUGCGGGGGCAUCUUGUCCGGCGCGGUUGGUGUCCCAACAAGAUACGAAAUAUGUCGCAGAGUCUGGGUCUCGAGGGGUUGAUGAUGGCCAGUAUGAUACAGAAGGAUGCAAGUGUUUCCGCAGCACACGCGCGGUGCCUUGAUAGUGUAUGUGUGGCAAACCAGAUACAGGCGGGUACCUUCGUGCCCAAGCACGCCGAUGAAUACCACAACCAAGGUAUCUGUGGUGGGAUCGGGCUUCCCAGGGGCACCGCCGAGAAGAUUCUCCUGGGGACCAAUUCAUUCCCAGUUGUCCGUUUCUGGCUCGGCUCAAAUCGGGAGGGACCACGGCACAGACGCAUGGAGGCUGUGCCUUUUCAAGAUGGGCUCAAGUACAUUGCCAUCUCGCAUGUCUGGAGCGACGGACUGGGAGACGAAACCGGGAACACGAUUUUAGCUUGCCAGUACGACCGACUUGAGGCCCUCCUAGCAGAAGUCAGGAGCAUGGAAACCAUCCGGGAGAGUGGCAACGAAAAGCCAGAUGAUGCGUGGUCGCCACAUUUCUGGCUUGACACGAUAUGCGUACCACACGAAAGGGCCGCCCGUCGCCUCGCAUGCGCCCGGAUGGCCUCGUCAUACGAGUGCGCAGAUACUGUCCUGGUGCUUGAUGCCGAACUGCAAGCCUGGUCUUACAACUCCGAGUCGGCAACAGAUGAAGAGGCCCUAUUUCGGAUUGUUUCAUCGGGGUGGACGACGCGAGUCUGGACUCUGUCGGAGGGCAUCCUGGCAAAACGACUCGUUUUCAAGCUUGCUGACACCAUGUUCGAUUAUGCCGCGUGCGGGGAUAGGCUCCGGCUCAAGAAGAUGAAGGGGCUAGGUCGCUUUGAUACGAUACCGGCGCUGCUGUAUAAUGACCUUAGGCAGAUGCGCAGUAUUGACAGGAUGGAUGCGGCUCAGAAGCUGAUCACCGCCAUGUCCUACACCCAGUCACGUCGCACAAGCCAUGCUGGGGAUGAGAUCAUAUCUAUCGCCGUGCUGAUGGGCAUGAACCACAUCGAAGAGCUAUGCGAUCAACCGACUUGGGCCGGGAAGAUGAUGCUAUUUCUCGAGAUGAUGCCGGAGCUGCCGUUGCGUCUCCUCUUCUCCUCCGGCCCCAGGAUCACAGAGACAGGCUUCCGCUGGGCUCCGGCCGCCUUAAAUAGCGACUUGGGCAUAUGGCCCUUCAACAGCUUGGAAGACAUCGCUCACCUUGAUCACAAGAGUGGCGGCCUAGUCCUGUCCCACCAAGGCAUACUUCUACACGGCGACUGGGCUAGUAUCGUCCCCAACCAUCACAAGUUGGAACCGUUCGAGGCAUUGUACCGGCAGCUCCCACUCGACCGUGACCUUGAUUAUGACCUUACCAUAAUCCGCGGGGAAGAAGACUGGUGUCUGAUAGAGUCACAUGACGAAUGGCAUUUACCCUUGGAAGGGGAGAGGCGACAGUAUUGCUCCGAGGAUGCGUACUACAGGAAGAACGACGAGGCACUAACGACCACCGCCUUGGCCAUCAUAAUAGAUGCCCCGAAUUUUGGUGUAGAUAAUGAUGGUAUUGAAUUGAUGGAGUGCAUGGGUGCCCUGGUUUCGAAUGUCACCCUCGAGGACAGCGGGACCAUCUCAUGCCGAUAUCAAGCCAUGGUGAAGGUCACGAAAUGUUGGCGGAAGUCUGGCCCGAUGAGUGCCGAGUAUGAAGUCCUCCACUACUCGGCAUACGGUGGUGAAGGGCUCGACAUAACUGGAGUCGACCAGGCCAUGUUUGGGACGUACAGGGUCACAAACAAUGACCAAGUAUGGCGGAUAAUGUAG